AUGAGGCCGCUGCUGUUUGGGAUUCUGCCAAUCAAGGAGAACUUAUUUGGCUCUCUAUCUAGUGUAACUGUUGCACUCUGUCUUCUAACCCUCCUCCUGAUGGUUAUCUGGGGUCGAAAGAGUAAGAGAUCCUUCUUCCACUUCCAUCUUGACUCCCAGCUGGACCACACAAAAUACCCCCCACCUCCUGGCCCCAAACCGUGGCCCCUUGUCGGGAAUCUGCUCCAGGUCGGGGAUCAGAUUCAUCUCUCUCUAACUGGGUUGAGGCUUCAGUAUGGAGACAUCUUCAAGCUCCGCCUUGGCUCUUUGACUGUUGUCGUUCUGAGUGGGUACAACACCAUCAGGCAGGCUCUGGUUCGACACGGGGAAGCUUUUGCGGGGCGACCUAACCUUUUCAUCUUCUCUGCUAUAGCCAAUGGGAGCAGCAUGACUUUCAAUGAGAACUACGGGCCUGUGUGGCUGCUCCAUAAGAAGCUGUGUAAGAAUGCCCUCCGGUCUUUCUCCCAGGCUGAGCCAAGGGGUUUUGGUGCCACCUGCCUCUUAGAGGAGCACAUAUGUGCAGAGGCUGCAGGGAUGGUGCAGGUGAUUCGAGAAAAAGCUGCUAAAGAGGAAACGGAGGGUAUAGACCCAGCGACGACCUUGGUAACCUCAGUGGCAAAUGUCGUUUGUGCGCUCUGUUUUGGGAAACGGUAUGACUACAGUGAUAAGGAGUUUCUCACUAUUGUUGAUGUCAACAACGAGGUCCUGAAGCUCUUUGCAGCGGGGAACCAGGCUGAUUUCUUCCCCGUGUUUCGCUACUUUCCGAGUCCAUCUCUGAGAAAGAUAGUCCAGUACGUUCGCAGGAUGAACAGAUUCAUGGAGCAGAACAUUGAGGAACACAUUGACACCUUUGAUAAGAACCGUAUCCGGGACAUUACAGACGCUCUAAUUGCACUUUGUGAAGAAAGAGAAGAAAGCAAAGAUACUUCGAUGCUCUCUAACGACCAGAUCAUUCGUUUCUUGAAUCCAUGUGGACUCCUGAACAAAGAGCUGACAGAGAAGGUCCAGAUCUUCGGCAUGGGAAAAAGACGCUGUCUUGGCGAUGAAUUUGCACGUUUGGAGAUGUUUGUGUUUCUUACCACGCUUCUUCAUGGGCUACGUAUUGAAAAUGUUCCAGGGCAGGAGCUGGAUCUCAGCACUGAUUUUGGUCUAACUAUGAAACCACGUCCGUACAGGAUUACCAUUUCCCAGAGAUUUUAGACUGUCUGAAAACUCAAAUGAUGAUCUUUCGGAUGUUUUGGAAUGUCACAGCGGAAAUUAAUUGUAGUUAUUACUAUUUUGUGCUCAGUUUGGCAAAUGUGGUCAAAGCACAGACACAAAGAUAAAUAUACACAAAGCGAACAUGAGGUCAUUUUACAGCAUUCAGGCCAUCUGCCUGCUACAUUAAUAUCUUAAGUGACUGGUCACAGUUUAAAACGGAGGAAUGAGGAUGAGUGUCAUUGAUCAGUCCUUCAGGUCUCAAACUACAUUCAUGCAGGGUUCAUUCCCAUUUGAAUUACCCCCCUCCUUCUUCUUCACACCUCUGUCAUGUCCUUCUUUGCUCUUUGUCCUCCAUUCAUCUCCUCCUCUUAAUGUAGCUUUAACUCACACCCUGUAAGCUAACUCAUCUACUCUCAGUGCUGAUCCCCAAAUUAACCACUCGUCCUUCUCUUUACCAUCACUGUAACCACACACCCAGAUAAGAAACAGUACCCAAAAUAUACGAGAGGUAAAGAGCAUGAAAAUGAGCAGUGUUAUUUUCAUAAGCUAAAUGUGAUGUAGUAUGGCAGCAGGGUAAGCCACAAUGACUUCAUUAAUAGUUUUGUAAAUAGAAAUAGAAUAGACACUUUUAGCUGUUGACAAACUUUUGUUUGUGAACAUUUGAUGAGUGCCUUCUUUUGGAAACUAUGAAGGACAGACUUCAGCUGAUAGCUCUUAAUGAACUGUUUCACCUGAAUAUUACAAGAUGAAUAACUUAAUCUUAUUGUAAAUAUCUGACCUCUAUACAUCAUGUUGAGGUAAAUUAAUAUCACAUAAAAAAAAGUGUGCUAUAAAAACUGCAAACAUAUUAACAAAUAUUCAAAUGAUCUCAAAGCACUAAUACCACUAGGUUUAAGGCGGUUAUUGUUUAUAAUGUAUGCAUAAAAUGUUAACUUUUGUACUAUUUUUGAAAGAAAAAGUAGAGCUGAUGUUGGAAAUUGUUUUUUUUAAAGCAUAUACAGCCUACAGUUAGCCUCUUUCUAUAGUAAUUAUAGAAAGAGUAAAACUGAGUCACGUAAAACAGCUGCAGACAGUGGCUUUGUAUAAAACAUGCAAUCUGAAAACAGUAAUGUGCCUGUGCUUGUGUGGUAAUGUAUACUGGCUUUCUGUCUGUACCUUCACACUGUUCUGAGUGAUGAUGAUGGCAAUGAGGCUGACUCUGAAGUGAGUAGGGGAGGACUAGCUCAGAAGGAUGCCUCCAAAACACAAAAACAAAAAAGCAAUCUUAUCUACGUAGAUAGAUAUGUUAAGUACAGAAAACCAAGCUAUGGCAAUGUAUUAAGUAAAGUAGAAUGCAAGCAUUUUAACCCUAUUUUAAUUUUUUAAUAGAUUAUUUUAAUAAUAAAU